AUGUUUUGUAAUAAAUUUCGUCGAUAUUCAUUUCAAUUAUCAUAUUUUGUUCGUUUUCAAACAAAUAUAGCAAAAGAUGAUCUAAAUUCUAAACCAUCAGCAGAAAAGAAAAUUCAUGAUCAAUAUUUAUCAAAUAUUACUGUGACAUCAUUUUAUUGUCAAACUGCUAUUGAACAAUAUGCACUUAAACAAUCAACUCGUCUUUCACCAUUAACAAUGAUGUAUAUCGGAAAAACUGACGAUGGUGGACAUCUAUUACGUUCAGCUCAAUAUUUACAUAAAGAUUUACCAAUACGUUUUGCACAUCGUAUUAAUGAUUUUCGAAAUUUACCAUUUGUUGUUGCAUGUAAUCCACUUCUAUUAGAAUUGCAUGAACGUUUUAUUAAAAUUUUUCAUACACUUCAUUCAUUUCCACCGAUUAAAACACUUGAACAUGAAAAAAUUUUUACAGAUUUAUUACAAAAUACACUUAACUGUAGCUCAGAUACAUUACCAUUAUUAGUCGAAGGUUUUCGUAAAUCUAAACGGCAUAUUAAACAAGAAAUGUUUGUACGAAAUUUUCUUGAUCGUGCACUUACAUCUCGUUUAGCUAUUAAAAUGUUAAUUGAACAUCAUAUUGAAUUACGAAAAGAUAAACCUAAUCAUAUUGGUGUUAUUUGUAUGAGUUUUUCACCGAAAAAACUCAUUGAAGCAUCAGCUGAAUAUGCUCAGGAAGUAUGUCGAGCGACAUAUGGUAUUGCACCGGAUGUUACAAUUGAUGGACAUGUGAAUAGUUCGUUUCCUUAUAUAACAACUCCACUCAGUUAUAUUGUACCUGAAAUGCUUAAAAAUGCAUUUAGAGCUACAGUUGAAUAUCAUAAAAAUUCUGCUAAAAAUUUACCAACUGUUUGUGUCACCAUAUCGGUUAAUGAUGAUGAAUUACUCUUACGAAUAAGAGAUCGUGGUGGUGGUAUGCCAGGAUCUUUACUUAAUAAAAUACAUGAUUAUCAUUUUUCAUCAAAUAAUCUAUCUAAUGAAUCAUCAUUAUUAUCAUAUACUGAUUUUGAUGAUCAUUUAUAUGAUCAACUUACAAAAAGAAAUAGUCAACAUAGAAUGAGCGGAUAUGGUUUUGGUGUGCCUACAUCACGUGCUUAUUGUGAAUAUUUAAAUGGUUCAUUAGCAUUUGAAACAAUGUAUGGUAUUGGUACUGAUGUUUAUAUACGUCUUGGACUUUUAACAUCAGAAAAUCGUAUUGUACGUUUGUAA